GGCCGUGGUGCCGGCGGAGGCGCGGGCGGCGGGGCCCGGACUUUAGCUUUGACACGGGCGGCGAGCGGGACCCUGGCGCUGGUGCGGGACGCUGGAUGCGGUUCUGGCGGGUCCUGCGUCCCACCGGAACACAGGACUUUUUCCUGGGAUCCACGCAACUGCCGCGACGCCGCCAGCCCAGGUGCAGCCGCCGCGAGACGGUGCAGCCGCGGGCGGCGGGCGGGCUUCGCUGCCUCCGCUGCGUCCCCGCAGCCCUGCUCCUCCGCCGGCGCUAGGAGAGCGACCCGGAGAGUUCUUCCCGCAGGAAGCGCCGGGACGCGCGGCCCGAGGCGGCGUGGGCGGGAUCCCGUGGCCCGGCCCCGACCCGCACCGGCUCCCGCGCGGGCGCCAGGGCUGGAGGCAGGGCCCCGGCGCUGCCCGGGGCUGGGCUCCGGCCGCGGAGUCGCAGGUGGAAGAAGGACGCCCCGGGGGAGCGCCGAGAGGUGGCCAAGGGACCGCUGCUCCGGGACGCCCUCCGGUGCCUGCCCGGUCUCCUGGGCUCCCUCCUCCCUGGACAGCGCGUUCCUCUGCGGCGGCGUUGGCGAGGCCUCCCCGCGCCCCUGAGCCCGGCCGGCCAUGGGCAGCACCCUGGGUUGCCACCGCUCCAUUCCCCGGGACCCCUCGGACCUGCCGCACAGCCGCAAGUUCAGCGCCGCCUGCAACUUCAGCAACAUCCUGGUGAACCAGGAGCGGCUCAACAUCAACACGGCCACGGAGGAGGAGCUGAUGACCCUGCCGGGGGUGACGCGCGCCGUGGCGCGCAGCAUCGUGGAGUACCGCGACUACAUCGGCGGCUUCAAGAAGGUGGAGGACCUGGCCCUGGUCAGCGGCGUGGGCGCCACCAAGCUGGAGCAGGUCAAGUUCGAGAUCUGCGUGGGCAGCAAGGGCAGCUCGGCGCAGCACUCGCCCAGCUCCACGCGGCGGGACCUGCUGGCCGAGCAGCAGCAGCAGCCGCAGCACCACCUGGCCACGGCCACGGUGGCCAUGCCCCUCACCCCGCGCGUCAACAUCAACACGGCCACCCAGGCCCAGCUCCUGAGCGUGCGGGGCCUCACGGAGAAGAUGGCCGCCAGCAUUGUGGACUACCGCCGGGAGCACGGGCCCUUCCGCAGCGUGGAGGACCUGGUGAAGACAUCGGGCGGCAUCAACGCCGCCUUCCUGGACAGGAUCCGGCCUCAGGUGUUCGCGGAGCGGUCCCGGCCCCCGUCCACCCACACCAACGGGGGCCUGACCUUCACCGCCAAGCCUCACCCCAGCCCCACCUCGCUGAGCCUGCAGAGCGAGGACCUGGACCUGCCGCCGGGUGGGCCCACUCAGAUCAUCUCCACGCGGCCUUCAGUGGAGGCCUUUGGAGGCACCAGGGACGGGCGGCCUGUGCUGAGGCUGGCCACCUGGAACUUGCAGGGCUGCUCCCUGGAGAAGGCCAACAACCCCGGGGUGCGAGAGGUGGUGUGCAUGACGCUCCUGGAGAACAGCAUCAAGCUUCUCGCUGUGCAAGAGCUCCUUGACAGAGAGGCCCUGGAAAAGUUCUGUGCGGAGCUCAACCAGCCGGUCCUGCCCAACAUCCGCAGGUGGAAGGGGCCUCAGGGGAGCUGGAAGGCCGUGGUCGCCGACACGCCCUCUGCUCAGCUCCAGAAGGGGGCCGGCUUCUCGGGGUUCCUGUGGGACGCGGGGGCCGGGGUGGAGCUGAGAGACGCCGCCUCGCAGGACAGCUCCCCGGGCAACGGGCAUGGGAAGCCCGCGGGCCCCAGCCCGUACCUGGCGCGUUUCAAGGUGGGAAGCCAUGACUUGACCCUCGUGAACCUUCACCUAGUGGCCCCGCCCCUCCCCGCGGGGGAGAAUCCAAGCAGGAACCACAGCGAUGGCCACCGCGCGGCCAGCUUCGCCCAGGCCCUGCAGGAAACGCUGAAAGGAGAAAAGGACGUGGUGGUCCUGGGGGACUUCGGCCAGGGCCCGGACAGCAGCGACCACGACCUCCUGCGGAAAGAACGGUUCCACGCCCUGGUCCCCGCGCACACCUUCACCAACAUCAGCACCAAAAACCCACAGGGCUCCAAGUCCCUGGACAACAUCUGGAUCAGCAAAAGCCUGAGGAAGGUUUUCACAGGUCACUGCGCGGUGCUGAGGGAAGGCCUCACGAACCCGUGGAUCCCGGACAACUGGUCGUGGGGCGGCGUGGCGUCGGAGCACUGCCCGGUGCUGGCCGAGUUUUACGCGGAGAAGGACGGGACCAAGCGGGAAGGCCCGCGGAGCGGCAGCGGGGUGGCCUUGGAGCGCAGCGAGGCCCACAUUAAGCACGAGCGGUGAUGGCGCGGCGGCUUCCCCACCUUCGCUGCCUCGAGGUCUUCAUCCGGAUCCCGACCCGCCCGCCUUCUCCGUGGACCUCAGGACCUCUGUGGGGGACGGAGGUGCCCGCGGCCAAAUCGGAAACCCGGGAACUGGAAUGCCGUCUGCCCUCCGGCCGCCAGCCUCUGCAGACGCCGCCGUGCAUCGGCCUGGGCUGCAGCGCAGGGAACCGUCCUGGAGGCUGGAAGGGAGUGUGCAGAGUGUUGUGGGCUGCGAGGCCCGGCUGAGCAGUGCUGGGAGCUCCCCGCUCUGACCACCAGUCUGUGAUGUUCUGGCUGCAAAUUACAUAAAACUUCUAACUGUGA